AUGCUUGAGAGAAUUGUGCUUGUUGCUGUUCUUUUAUUUUAUUUUAAAUUUGCUCAUAUUUCUUGUUUUGUUAACAACAUUAAUCAGUUGAAGGCUGUUAAGCUGACAGUAGAAAGUGAAAGUGAUCAGAAAUGUCAGAAUGAAUUAAAUGAAUUCAUCAAUGCGCUAGACUCAAGAGAUGAGUGGGCGGUAACUAUGUUUGACACGUGGGCAAAAAUUCCAUCAGGAUUAUUACAAAAUAACUUUCAAAAUAUUGGACACUUCACAGCGUGCGUUAAGUUCAGAAAGAAUUUAAAAGAUUUUGAUACUCUUCAAGGUCAACAUUGUAUGAUCUCUUUCAAUGCCAAAACUGAUUCAAAUGUGUCAGCAGGCGACAAUCUUUUUGAUUGGAAUGAAGUUGGCGACCUUUUUAGAAAGCAUCAACUCUCGAUGAAUCAUGGAAUUUGUUUGCCAGCUUCUUGUUCUGUUAAGAAAGUAGCCGAGUUUUCUAAUCAAAUCUUAUCGCAUGCUGAUAUGGUUGUAAUUAACACCACUUGUAAAACAAACGAUUCCUUAUCAUUAACAGUUGUUGAUAUUGUAGCCAUAAUAAUUUUCUCCAUUUUUGGAUUGCUUCUAAUUGCAAGCACACUUUACGAUAUUAGACAACGAAGUCAAAAGAAAGAACCGCACGAGCUUUUCAUCGCUUUUUCAAUGUACACAAAUGGCGAGAGACUUUUUGACAUGACAGAAAGCAAAUCAAGACAUUCAAUUGAUUGCCUUAAUGGUCUCCGUGCCGUCUCUCUAUUGUGGAUCAUCGUUGGUCAUAGAACAUUCAAUCAACUGGCAGUUUCUUAUAUGAAUGGAAAAGAUUUUGGUCAAUUCAUGGCUACAAUUCCGUCUGUUUUUCUCGCAAUAUUUCAUAUUUGGGUCGAUACGUUCUUUGUCAUGGGUGGUCUAUUAGUGACAAUUUCAUUUUUGAAUGCUCUAGAUAAGAAAACUGUAAAUAUUGGCAGAAUGUAUCUUCAUCGUUACUUACGUUACACGCCAGUCUUGGCUGCACUGAUACUAUUUACUGUUUCAUUAAUGAAAUUUAUGGCUUUUGGUCCUUUGUUUGAUUUUGAGAAGAAUGAACCUCAUUGUAGAACUUACUGGUACUGGGCACUUUUGCACGUUCAAAACUAUGCUGUAGCUAACGAGCAAUGUCUUGAUUUCUCUUGGUAUUUAUCUGUAGACUUCCAAAUGUACAUCAUAAGUCCAUUGUUGAUUUAUCCAAUAUGGAAAUGGGGAUGGAAGAAAUGUUUUUGGAUCUUUCCGUUCUUGAUUUUCUUGAAUCAAUGGUGCGUCUUUGCUACUGUCUUAAAAUAUGAACUGACGCCAAUGGUUUGGGACAAUAAUGGCAGUGGUGGAAUCAUCAGAUGGUUUCUCUCUCUGAAGCAAUGGAAACCAAUUGGAAGAAUGGGUUUAAGCAUUUAUUUGACUCAUCGAAUUUAUGAAAUGAUUUCAAUUCUUCCACAAAAGCAAACGCUGCAUUUUGACUUCAUCACAGUGAUGCACAUGUUUUGGGGUGAAGUUCUCAUCACUUUGGCUAUUGCUUCAUUUUUGUACUUAACUUUCGAAGCGCCAUUUCUACUAGUUGAAAGUUAUAUUUACGAAAGAUUUUUCAAGAAAAACUCAACUUCUUGA